CGUUUUUCAAACAUAUAUAACAAAAGCAAGUUAAAGAAAAAAAGUUAAAUUUUUUUUAACUAUAAUUAAUCUGAACACUCGAUGAAAUCGUAUACAUGAGUGUUAAAUUGAACUAACAUCACUACUAUUUAAUCACAUGUGUCACAUGAUUUAACAUUUACAAAUCUUUUUGUCUUACACUCACCAUGGAUGUUAAUAUGAGAUUGAUUCUUUCGUGUUUGAUUCUUAUAAAGGUGUGUGAUGCCGGUGUUAUUGUCAGUGUUACUAUACACUCCUUUUCAAACCCCAAUGGAACAUGUUACGCCGAUAGUACAUCAAACAGAAAGUGUUGUGAUGGGCCGCAAAGAUCAAAUUGUCAGACGGGCGAUACGUGUGAUACAUAUUUCGACAUUUGUGUGGGCAUAAUGGAGCCUGAUUGGGGUUGCAAAGGAGCUUUCUUCCAAACAAAACCAUUACAGAAUACAAAUACCAUUAGUAAUCUAUCCAUGAUGGAGAGUAAAUCGGAUUUCUGGGGACCUGGUAUGAGUAUAUUUGUGUUUAUAAGAGACGAUGAUUCAUUUGGUACACCAGUUAUCAAGAAACAUGAGCACAUUGACACGUUAAUAGACGAGAUAAAAUUCAUACCAUCUCCUGACCAAACAUCGUCCCAACCUUACCCCUUUGCAUGGCAAGGUAGAGCAAGAUUGAAUAUAAGUGUAUCAGUAUGGUGUGACAAAGAUUAUUAUGGGGAGUUUUGUAGCAGUUAUUGUAGAGGCAUCAGUCCAAUGGCUGUGUGCGAGUCCACCGGUAAACUGUCGUGCCAACCUUCAGAUGCUCUAUUACUUGAAUUCAAAAACCAGACAAAGAAAGAUCAAUUACCGGAUAUAGAUUUGAAUGCUCACAGAUUUAUGCAAGAUAAAGUUUGUUCAGGAGAGCAACUCAGUUUACAGUAUCCAGCUCUUGACACAAACACUAAUACGUUCACGUUCAUAGCUGACUGUGGGAAUCAUCAAAUAACACCUCUCGUGUUUGAUUCAGUUUUGAAGCUCCAAAAACCUUCUAACCUCAAGAAUUAUUUCAACAACGGUGUUAUAACCGGACCAGCUGUGAGCCCUACCGGAUACGGAGAGCAUAUCAUUUCAAACAUUUACAUUGGAGUGGAAAUAAAAACAUUAGCAAAUCCAAAGGGUACCUCAUACAACGGUGAUUUAACCAGCGGUGCCAGACGGUGCUGUGAUGAACCAAAGACCGAACAUUGCGAAUUCGCUACAGAUCUAUGUGAUCUACAAGUGUCGGUUUGUAUCGGAGAAAUCCUGCAAGAUGACUGUAUUGGAGCAGUGACAAUUUCCCCUACAUUUGUAAACACUAGUUCUAUAUCAACAUGUGGACCAACAUUGCUAGACCUUACUAAUAACAAAGCAAGUGUAUCACAUCCAAUGAUUGGAGGAUUCCGUCUUACUAAGAAUCAAACAUCGAUCAAAGUACUCGUCAAAGAUAGUGAUUUAAAUGGAAGUGCGUCAGACAUUAUAGAUGUUCUUACCAAGAAUAUUACAGUUCAGCCUGGACCGAAUGUAACACAUGCAAAGAGUUUUGAUGUUAAAAUCAGUAAUAUUGCAUCGAUAACUUUGAGAUUGUUAUUUUGGUGUGCACCAGGACACUCAGGUCCUUUAUGCCAUGCUGAUCAUGGCACCGACAGGUGUGAUCCAGGAUGGUACGGUGACGAAUGUGAAAUAUCUUUAAAUGCGUGUAGUCCAAAUCCUUGCAAACACGGGGGUAAAUGCACACUUUUGCCUAACAAUGGGUUUAACUGUUCCUGUGAUCCCGGCUACACAGGGUCUUCUUGUGAGCAAGAUGUUGAUGAAUGUGCAUUACACAUAUGCCAGAACAAUGCCACGUGCCAAAAUACAAACGGUGCAUUCAAUUGUCAUUGUUCGUCUCUUUGGACCGGGUUUAUUUGCACGGAAGACAAAGUUCCAUCAUGUGAUCCAAAUCCAUGUUCUCAAGGAACUUGUAUAGUUGAUGAAUCUCAGAAAGAAGACUUUAGGUGUAAAUGUAUAGAAGGUUGGACAGGUAAAUAUUGUAAUGAAAAGAAUCAAUGUGAAAAUGGCGAUGCUCGUACAAUAAAUGGGAUUGAAACAUGUACUUGCCACAAAGGUUUUCAAGGAACUACAUGUAGCGAAGACAUAGAUGAGUGUCUUUCCCAACCUUGUCAUGAUGGCGGCCAAUGUCACAAUCAUGUCGGAAAUUAUUCCUGCACGUGCGCCCUAGGCUAUGGAGGGAAUCAGUGCGCGACUAUUGUUGGGGCAUGCGCAGGUAUUAAUUGCUUAAACAAUGGUACUUGCCUAGAUAUUGGAGGAUCGCAAUUUUUUUGUAUGUGUUCUUUAAAUUAUACUGGUAACUACUGUGAAACAAAAAUAAGAAACCGUUGUGACAAUAUCCAUUGUCAACAUAACGGAACCUGCCAACAAAGUGCCCAUGAUUUCAUGUGUAAUUGUACAAAAUUCUGGUCAGGUAGAACAUGUGACAGUGAUAUCAAUGAAUGUGCUAAGUCUGUAUGUAAAAACGGUGGGCUUUGUGAGAACAAACCUGGUUCUUACAGAUGUGACUGCCCAAAUGGUUGGACGGGAAAUGAUUGUUCGGUAGAUAUGAAUGAAUGUGAAGGUCCGUUCAAGCUUUGCAAAUAUGGCAAUUGUUUAAAUAGUCCAGGUAGUUAUAAGUGCAAUUGUUCAAAGGGUUUUACUGGACCACACUGUCUUACAAGGUCGCCAUCAUGUGUUAAUGUAACUUGCAGUGGACAUGGAAAUUGUGAAGAACGUUCGAAUGGGCAUGCUUGUAUUUGCGAUGCAGGUUUUACAGGAAUAGAUUGCGAAACCGAUAUCAAUGAAUGCAGCCAGAAUAUGUGUGGUGCACAUUCGAUUAAUUGUAGCAAUAAGUUCGGAUCCUAUAAUUGCACGUGCAAAAAUGGAUGGCAAGGACAGAAUUGCCUUCAAGACAUAGAUGAGUGCUCAACUCUUGAUAUGCCUUGUUCUGGAAAUGGUAUAUGUACAAAUUUACCAGGAAGCUACAAAUGUUCAUGUUUUCCAGGAUUUUCAGGGAAUGAUUGCUCAAUAUUUAUAAAUGUUUGCCAAAGCUUGAAGUGCAGAAAUAAUGGUACUUGUAUUGUGAAAAAUUCAGAAUCAAAAUGUGCAUGCGCGAAAGGAUGGACAGGAAUUUUAUGUGAACAAGAUGUGGACGAGUGUGAAACUAUAAUGCCUUGUUUGAAUUCUGGAAUAUGUGAAAAUAUUGAUGGGUCCUUUUAUUGUAGGUGUUACGGUGGUUGGACCGGAAAUAUAUGUGAGACUGAUGUAAACGAAUGUUUAGACCAUGUAUGUAAAAACAGCGGUAUAUGUCAAAAUACUCCUGGAAGUUUUAACUGCGGAUGUCAAACUGGGUGGAUCGGAAUGACAUGUGAAGUAAAAAAUAUCAAAUCCCUCGCAGGGGAGCUAGUGAAUUUUGUGUUCCAGAAAAAUAUAUCAAAAGAUUUAGUUCAACCUUCUGUUACUUUCGUGUACAAGUUUUUAGAGGACUAUAUUUUCAACAGUUCAGAUAUUCAUUUCCAUCUACAAUCUGUUCAGGCAAAUAACUUUCAGUUCAAAGCACAGUGUAAUGGACACUCUGUAACGACAGAUCAAAUCAAAGACGCUCUCAAUCUCGUGUCCAAUGACACAUUACCUCAUUUAUUUCCGUCUCCUUUAAUUAAUGUACAAGAUGUCGACUCAUCAUACAAAACUAGUUCUGUUUCACCAGUAUCAGCGAAAUCUACAUCUGAAUACAAAUAUUCCAAGAAACCAACAACUCAGAGUUGGUUGCCUGGACAUAUACCUAUCGUUGCCGGGUGUGGAGCUGCGUUCCUUGUUGUUGUAUUAAUUAUUGUUGCUCUUGGAAUUUAUAAACAUAGGAUUGGUAAAAUAAAAGUUGGUGAAGGAGAUGGGUUUUUUAAUCCUUCCUACACGAGGGAGUUGCAGUUAUAUGAUGAGAGAUGAGAAGAUCUAGUUGUUCAUCAUAUCUACAUUAUAAAAUAACAAAAUCAAAUUGUCAAUUAUUUGUUUUAGGCAAAAACACAGAUAUUAAAACAUAUAAUAUAGUGUUUGAGUGCAAGAUUAUUGUUUUUUUAGAGUAUUGUAUUAUAUAAGUGCCUAAUGUCAAAUAUUUACUUACAAAGGUACGUACCUGUUUUUUUUAGAAAGAGAAACAUGUAUUUUAUACAAUUUAAUAAUUGAUUAAGAGCAUGUUUGGUGAUCAUCACCAGUAAAAAAGCGUUGAAUAUGAAAUAAUUUGUCAUAAAAGUAGCUAAAUGUAUACAACUUUAUAUUUUGACUUCUGUAUCAAUAUAUUUGUAAAAAAAACUAUAAAAUACUGUAAUUACUUUAGAUGUACUGAAGUUUUAAAUGCAAAAAAGCAAACACUGGUUCAACUUUAUGAUGAACCUUUUGUUAUUGAAAACUGUUAACAGGACGCCAAAAAGAGUUUUUAAAAAAUGAAAAUAUUAUCAUUGUUUGGGUAUAAUUUAAUGAAUCUUUAAGAAUCACUACUCGUUGUUUUUUUUUCAUUUUGAACAAAUUUAUCGCAAUAUUAUGUCAAUAUUUAUCUCACAUUGUUAUCGUUGUUGUUGUUGUUGUUGUAGUCAUGUGAUUUUAGAUGUAUUGUAACAUUUGGAGAAAAAUCUAGUCAAAACGAAUUUGCAUAUGUUUUCUUACAUAUAUAUGGAAUUAUAUCAAUAAAUUUGUUUUUAUAAUAUUAAUGUCUAUGCUGUUGUGUUAU